AUGUCCCUGUUUAGAGUCAGGGAAUUCUGGACUGCUCAAAGUGAAGAUGGGGAAUAUUUCGACCAGAAUUCGUUGAUAACGACAACUUUGAACAGUGAUAGUGAUUUCGUUAUUACCGGUAGUCACAGUGGCGUCUUGAGGAUUUUCAAACCUUCCACUGAGUUAGAAGAAAAUAAUGUGGGUGGUUUUAGUGCGACAGACUUGUUGCUCGAAAAAAUAUUUGAUGAUCCAAUUUUACAAGUAGGCUGUGGUCGCCUGGUGUCGGGAUCGCAAAACUUACAACUAGCUGUCCUUCACCCAAGAGCGUUGUGUAUUUACGCACUCAAAUCAAAAGAGGGUGUUACAGAUCACGGUACUCAGAAUGACUUGGAACAUCUCUACGAACAUAGCCUUAGGAGAUCUGCAGCGAAUUUUACAAUAGGUCCGUUUGGAGGUACCCAGAACAGAGAUUUUAUCUGUGUCCAGUCUUUAGAUGGAAUGCUCAAUUUCUUUGAGCAAGAGAACGUCGCUUCCUGCUGUUUUAUACCAGAUUUCCUCCUACCAGGUCCAAUUGCCUACGUGAGCAAGACUGAUGACUUUGUGACGAGUAGUUCUAACUGGUGCAUAGUAUCAUACAAAUACAAAUCGCUAUCUGAGGCAGGGGAAAAAUUUGACCCAAAAGUUAACUCAACGCGAAAAAUCAAUUGUGACUGGAGCUACAAUCUGGGCGAAUCAGUGGUAGAUAUAGUUGUGAUAGAAGAUUUUAUGAACAAAGAAGCGUGGAUAAUGGUUUUGGGUGAAAGAAAUCUGUUCUGCUUGAACAGUAAAGGAAAUGCUAAAUUCAUGAAACGACUAGAUUACUCACCAAUUUGUUUUAACGUAUAUGUCAUCAACGACAACAUUUUUUCUAUAGUGAUAUCCGAAACUAGUACCCUGUUAGUAUACGAAAAUACCACGUUGAAGUGGUCUGCCCAACUGCCAUUUUUACCCAUCUCAAUAAGAAGAGCGUUCCUAAAAGCAAUAAAGGGGGCUCUAGUUCUAUUGUCAGAAGAAGGUAGGCUAGAAUGCUGUUACCUAGGCACAGAACCGAGUUUAUUUGUUGCACCACCUAUAGCUUCGAAGGAAAUAGAUUUUGAAAAGGCCGAGGAGGAACUUAAUAAUUUGAAUAGGAUCAUUAAAAGAUCAUAUGUAAAUGAUCUGAAAUUAUCUAAAACUGGUGCAGAUAAAGAACUAACCAUGGAGCUUAAAGUGAACCCUGAUUUGGUACCAUGCACUUUUGACAGUAACAUAAAAGACAGCGAAAAUCACCAGAUGUGUACAGUUACCGUUGAUAUUUUUCCUCAUACAGUCUAUGAAGAGGUACAAAUUUCCGUUUUGGUUCAAAACCCUUUAACAGCGGUACCCCAAGUGCAGCUAUAUACUAAUUUAUCAGAAAAAACUUCAUUCACUUACUACGUUUUCCUUAACGAGGUGUGCGAGGUCCCCAGUUUAAAUAUCGAAGUUGUAGCUACGGCUGUAUCGAGCCUAGGAGUACCAAGAACACUGUUUAAGACAUCAGCUUUGCCCGUCAAUUUAGUGUAUCAGUUGUGCAAGCCCCAGAAGGACAAUUCUCAUAGAAUUACAAUAAGCAUAAAUCAGAGUCCAGUAUCCUUGGCUACCUUGUUCCCAGAGUAUGUUGACGGAGAAACGUUCAGCCAAUCAAGCAGCGUAAUUGGCUUUAAUAACGUCACAGGCGCGGGAAGUCCUGUCACAAUUUUACUAGCUAAAUCAUCAGGGAGAUACCGUUUACAAGCGGAUUCAUUUGCCUCGUUAAGCUUGCUUACUGAAUUGAUGAUUAUUCGCCUAAAAACACAUUAUUCGGACAACGGCGAAUUCCAUGUUUUCUAUAACUCUUCGUUGCCUGCUAACGAUGUAAUUUUGUACGUAAAUAACCAUUUCAAGAGAAGGCAGCGAGUUAACCAGCUACAAGACAACCUGUGUCAGCUUAGUGCUCAGUUCCGUAUAGUCCAGAAGAGGUUAAUAGCAAAGUUUAAAGUGAAAAAUCCCACUCCGUUAACAAAUCUGGAAAUAUUGUUGCAAGACACCUAUACGGAAAUAAUGAAUGCCACAGAACAACUAGAAUAUGCUUGUAAUGAGUUAACAAAAGCCCAAGUGGAACUGUCAUGCGCCUUAAAUAUAGUACAGAAUCUACUAACAAUAAUGGACAUUGACCAAGAACUGAGAGAGCUCCUGGUAUCGACAUUCUGCAGCAGCGUUCACGAUAUGGAUUCACAAGGUUGGGAGGAUGCUAUGGAUACUUCAUUGUGUUACCUUCUUCGAACUGUUUUGGCAAAGUCGGAAAAGGACAAGUUAAGGUCAGCCAGCACUGCUAUAGAAGAAGUGAAGGAUGUUACUAAGCUGGAAAGACACUUGGUGCAGGUUUUUGAAAGAAUACCCAAAAAAUCAAAGGGACAAGAACAGGAGUUCAUUGCAGACGAUGAAGCGAAUGCAACAGAGAAACAAUCGGAAGUACCACUAGAGGAAUCGAGGCCGAUUGGAAGUCAAUUUGGCGAAUCCAGUUCGCGGUUACUUUCAGCAAGGAAAAGUUUACUUAGAAGGAGGCACAAACAAGACAGUUAAGCUGCUCAAAAAAAGUAUUGACUUAUCAGUCGUGUGGCCAAUGAUACUGUGUAAAUAUCUCCCCUGCGAGUUUCUUUCAAUUACGAGAAUAUCUAGGUUAACAUUAUCGCUUUUGUAGCGGUUUAGGGCGUGACACUUUCUUCGGAGGAA